AGUAGUGUUGUUAUGGUGUAUGUACUUGAUUGACCGCCAAUAGUUACAACUUGUAUAAUCGAGGUUCUGCCGUUCCUAAAUUGUAAGUUUAGUAACUGCAUUUUUCAUCGCAUUUUGACUAGUUUUGAGCUGACUAUUGUGUAUACAGUCGUAAAUAGUGAACCUAACCAUAUUAGUUAUUUUGUUUCAUAUAUUUUUAUUGAAAAGUAUAAAAAUCAUAAUGAAUACAUAUUCAGUUGUGGAAUUUAUUGAUGACUGUACAAUUGAAGCUGUACCAACCAAUUGGAUAAAAAAUGGUAUGUGUGCAUGGCCUACUACAAAAAAAGAUUCUACUCUUAGAAAGCUGAUAGAAAGAAAAAGUCUUCCAAAUGACAUAGAGUAUAAUCAAUACAAAAUUAAAGUAUUAAAAACAACUAAUUCAUUAAUAAAAGCAAGAGAAAUGACUAAAGAAGGACUUACAAAAACUGAUAUAUCAUCUGCUGAAGAUUAUGAUUUAAAACAUAAACGUAAAUGCAAACAAAAGACAAUACUUCCAAUUACUAUGGAAUCAUUAUUAUGUCCUACUUAUUCAGCAUCUGAAGAUGAAUCCAAUGACAAUUGUAAUGAUGAUAUUGUUACUACAUUUCUAGUCACUGAGCCACGAGUAAAUGGUUGGUCACCUUCUCCGAAAAAAUUAAAAACUUUUCAGGUUUUCAAACUACAGACUAGUAAAAAUAAAUAUUUAUAUUCAAAACCCUCAGUUUCCAGACAACUUUCAUAUGCUAGCACUGACAAGAAAAAAAAAAUUAUGUCAAAACCUUUAACAAAUGAUAAAACAGAUAUUGAUGAUAAUAUAUCAUUUGGCAAUGACGAUUCCAUAACAGCUCUACCAUCUGAAUCACAGUCAGAUCGUGAUUUUCAAAAAGAGGUGCUGUAUAGAUUGGCUUAUGUAAAACAUGAACUUAAAAGACUUGUCAAUAAUCAAAUGGACAUUGCACAAAGAAUUGAAUCAAUUGAAACACGUCUUGAAGUUAAUACCAUUUCAAAUACAAGUAGCAACUGUAAUAAUACAUCAUCAUUAAAUGAAAUAAGUGAUUGCAUUUUACCAUUGGAUAACACAACAGACCUUGAUACAUUCAAUGACAAAAUAUCUGGAGAUAGAGCCUUUCAAAUUAAUUUGACUAAUCAACUGAGUUAUAUUGGUGAAAAACAUUUCAAAUCGAUGAUGAAAAGAAUUAUGAACAAGCUAUUCUCAGAUGAGUUAUUACAAUACUUUUCAUAUUCUGGAAAAUCUGGAAAGAAGUUAAAAUUUUCAAAUUGCUGUUCUGUAAUUUUAGAUGCUGUUAAACAACAAUCCAAGUAUAAAAAUAAAGUUUCUGAAAAUGAAAUGGAAGAAGUGAUUAAAAAUGUCCUAGCUCAAGCACCUUUUAAUAUAAAAAGGAAAACACAAAAAUUAUAACCUACCAUUUGUAACAAUUGCAAUAUUAUAAUAUUAUUAUAUUUAAUAUUUUUAUUAUUUUAUUGUGUAAUCAAAUAUGAUAUUAAGUUUAUUAUAUAUCAAUAACAGCUGCAAUGUAAAAAUGUUAAAUAUUACAUGUUGUAAUAAUUAUAAUAAAUUAAACAAUAACUGUUCAAA